AUGUCACCACCUAGACGCACAUCAGAUCGACGUUCCGACAUGAUCGACCUUUUAGACUACUUAGCCUUUGUAAAGCGAAAAACACUCAUCGUGGGAUAUCUCAGUCUGGUAAUGUCCAGCGUCGGCUUCUGCUUCAUGACGGCGGGCGCGGCAAUGGAGUUGGAAGAGACGGACACUGACGUCUUGGUGGUCGACGACGACGACUCCUUGUGGCCGAAAUGGUCACGAACAGGUCUUUCAGCCAGGAGGACUACCACGACUCAAGAAAGGCUGCCACGACAGCGCAAGAAAUGGACUAGUGAUGUUAAUAGAAGCAUUGUGCGCAUCCAUUAUCAAGAGUGGGGCGUGCUGGCGACGCCCUGGCUGCUGCACUCGGCGCUGUGGCUGCCGGCGCAGGGCGCGGCGCUGGUGGCGGCGGCGCCUCCGCAGCACAGCACCGCCUUCGCCCUCGCCGCCCUCUUCUGCUUCGCCAGCGGCCUCGGUGAGAGCGAGAUCUCCAAUGAAUGGGAUAAUUUUCGUGAGCGGCGCAAGCACAGAGACGUUCGCAGCACAUCUGCGCCAAAGGCCGCCGGAGGCGUGUCAGCGGCGACACCUGCAGCUAAUGCGGCAGCGGCACUCGUGGCCGAGGCCCAGGCGCAGUCGGCCUCA